GGCCUUCAAUAACAGGGAUGCUGAGCGAUUACAUACGAAGGAUCAAUGAUGACAUCGAUUGAUGCGCCUGGUCGCCUCUCAAAAAUACCUUGCCUACUCCGUAUCUCUGCCUCAAAUAACCUCAUCCACAGAGCAUAUCAAAAUAAGGACCCUGAUACAAUGGAUGAACAGAAUUCUGUAACCCCCCAGCCCCGGGAAGUUUUCAACAGCUCAAACCGGGAUCAGUGGAGAGCCGCACUUGUGGCCCAAGAACCGGUGCUGAUCCACUUGAAUGCCGACACCACAUGGCUACUCCAAAUCCCUUAUCCUCACAAUGCCGAGAAUCCAUAUGGACGAUCACAUUUCAACAUACUGAUUGAUCCAUGGCUACAAGGACCCCAGUCGGACGUAGCGUCCUGGUUCUCUACCCAGUGGCACGUCGUGGAGCCUAGCGUGGCCACCAUAGCUGCACUAAACAAAGUACUGGGCGAGCUUGACGAGGCUGCCAACCUGUUGCGAAAUGAUUCAAGUUCCGGCAAGGCUGACACUACGACGGACAAGAACAAAAAGGCGAGACCAAACAGUUGGUUCAUCGACGCAGUCGUCAUCUCGCACGAGUUCACCGAUCAUUGCCACCGGGCGACCCUGGAGGAGCUACCCAAAAGCACUCCAGUGAUCGCUGGGGAUGAAGCCGCAAAGCUGAUUCAGUCAUGGGAUCACUUCGACGAGGUCAUCACGACGCCUCCAUUCUCGAGCCAAUCAGCAUCAUGGCAGGAAGCGAUGGCUGACUGUCAUCCCAUACUCCCCAAGUGGCUGGGUAUUGGACGGGUCGUGACAGCUGGCAACGCGCUUUAUUACCACUCGGCAGUGAUCGUUGCUUUUGGCUCAGAGACGCAAGCCGAGGCGGUCCUGUAUUCGCCACAUGGCAUCGACGCCCAAGAUCUCGCUUUCCUGCCAAAGUCAGGAUUGAAGACCCUGGCACUAUUGCAUGGGCUACAUGACGUGCGGAUAUGGAUGACAAAACAACUCAAUCUGGGCGCGCUGAAUGGGCUCCGCGUCGUCAGGGCCUGUGGUGCUAAAUACUGGGUUGCAACUCACGACGAGGUUAAACGCGGGGGAGGCUUGAUAAGUUGGAUGCUGCAGAGGACAGUAUACUCCCUCAAAGAUGCAGUCAAGGCAGAGGAGGCGAGGAUCAAGGCGGAUGCUGAUCAGGAGGAUGUAGGGAGUUAUCAAUUCCUCGAGCUGGGAUCGGGCGGUGCGAUUGUCCUGGCGUAAUCAGCGACGGGCGAGAAAUGGGUAGGUGGCAGCUAAGCAAUUAUGAUUAUGAUGCAAUCGUACGGAUACAAACGGUUUGGAUCCACAUGCUAGCUCGAAUCGAAUCGGGAGCGAGCCAAGGCGAUAAAAUAGUGGUGCCAUUGUCAUAGCUCUCAAGCUUCUCGCUGUUGGACGAGCUCAUGUUGGGUGGCUUGAGAUGGAGACGGGCCGCAUUUGUAGCGUGCUCGGUUCGGGUGGUUGACUGGGCGCUGAUUUUCUUUUGGUGUUUUGGUAUUUUUAUUUGGAUCGAUCUCGGCGAGUUUAAAGCAAGGGUGGUUCGAUUUGGGCAAGGAUAAUUCGAAUGGAAAUUUAAUGUCGAAUUACGUGAGAAAGUCUCUUCAGCCAGACAAACAGCAGUGUGCCGUGAGGUUUUUUUCUCAUCUAGGUACAUUAGGUAGGUACAUAAGCUACCUAUAUAGACACAUGUUUAGGUGCAUAUUGAUUUGACUAGAACUGCGUGCAGAAUAUAUCACUGUACAG